GCCCCCGGGUGCGCGCGGAGCGGCCAGGGAAGCGCCGCCAUGAUGAACAGCGGCGGGAUCGGGGUCCCGCUGGGCUUCCCCCUGGGCCCCACGUCCGUCAUCCAGGUCACCAACCUCUCCUCGGCCGUGACCAGCGAGCAGAUGCGGACGCUCUUCGGCUUCCUGGGAGAUAUAGAGGAACUGCGCCUCUAUCCCCCGGACAACGCACCUCUUGCUUUUUCCUCCAAAGUAUGUUAUAUUAAGUUUCGCGAAGCAUCAAGUGUUGGUGUGGCCCAGCAUCUAACUAACACGGUUUUUAUUGACAGAGCUUUGAUAGUUGUUCCCUGCGCAGAAGAUGACUAGACUGGCCAAGGCAGACCUGUUACACUUGCCUGAGUUAGGCAUUGUUUGCCAUGCCACUAAACCUGCCGCCAAGUGAAAUCUUCAUGGGGGAAAUGAGAUCGAAGUCUGGCCUGCUGAAGAUGGACGCCCUGUCUCUGUUUUUAUUUUAUUUUGAUUUCUUUCCUUUGUUUCUUUUAUUUUUAUUUUAUUUUGUCCCUUUUUUGUUUUGUUCUGUUAAAUCUCUUUCCCUUGUACUUGUGAACUGGUACUUCAGUUCUGUAAAAAUGAUGUUUGUAAAGGGUUCACAGUGUUUGAUCUUGAAGUUGACCUGAAGCUGCUUAUGAAUGGUGGAUGGUAUACAGAGAAUUUAGAAUAUGAUUCAUCUUCAAUGCUGUGAAUUAAGGAUAAAUUUGAUUUAGAAUACAUUUAAGCAGCUAAAUUCAACAGAUGAGCACAUCGUGUCAGAAGGCAGGAACAGUUUUGAGAUACAUUCUUUCAUAUGUUGUGUUUUAUGAGUUCUUCUUGGAAAAGGACAGUUGAGACUCAUGCUUCUGGAGAAACCAACUUUAGAAAGUAAAGUCAUGAUAUUUCUCUGCUAUUUUCCUCAGCAGAGUGUUUUAUUUUAGGUUGCACUGUCUAUUUAAAAGAAGGCUGAUUAUUUAUGUCUAAUGUUAUGAGCUUAAACUAAUUAUUUCUGAAACAACUUUUAUGAAUUUUGAAUGUCGUGAAAUAUUUGUUUACUUUUGAUGAAACCUUGCUGCAGUGAGGUCAGUGACAGGAAGAUUUCAUCCUUUUCUUGUAAUUUUCAGAAAAGACUGUUUACCACUCAUAAGUACAAAUGCAGCAUGGAAUUUUGGUUGGAAUGUGUUACGUGAGACACGUUGUCUUUAAACACUGUUAUUUGUGAGAAGAUUGAAUCAGUUCUCUGUGUGUGUGCGUAUGUGUGUAUAUACUUGCAUUUUUGACAUGCUGCAGUGGUAAUUAUUUGAAGAAGAGGUUUAAAAAAAGAAAAGUCAGAAAAAAAAAGUGUUUUCUCCAUCAUCUCACAGUCUCAGAAGCCCUGGCAGUUCAUGCUGGGGUGACUGAGAUAGUUCUCAUCCCUAAAUGAUGUUUUCACUUCCUGUGAAAUGGGAGCCCUGAAACAGAAGUGGUGAACAAGGUGCUGUGUCUGGUCUUCAGGCAUUGCUCUUCCCAACCAGCUGCAUUGGGAUCUGUUGGUUUCACUCUGAAAAGAGCUUUGCUUGAUGAUGUUUGUUGGAUUUGGCAGUUGAGGUAAUUGCCAGUAGCUGCAUGUCUUUAUUCGCUGCUGCUAAAUCCACUAAGAUUCAUGAGUUGGAUCACAUGAAGUAUUUUAUUUGUAAGUGUACACGUUCCAUUGAUUUUAAAAUAGAAGGAAAAUAAGUACUGUUAUGUUCAGAGUAGUUGUGAACUGUAUUUUUAAAAAACAAACUUAUUGCAGACGCAUUUUUGGGGGUGAGGAUUAACUGUGUAGUUUCGCUACAAAGGGUAGGAAAUUAAUUUUUUCUGAGCACUUGAGGAAUAAAUACUGUGAUUAGUACUUGUUUAAUGCAGGUACUUCUAUUCAGCCUUCGUCAAAAUGGGUUCUGGUAUGGACUAGGCUUACUACGGCUCUUAAGACUUCGAUGAUACAAAAAAGUAGCAAUCACAACUGUCUAUAGGCAGUGGUGAGCUAAUCUACAUUUGCUUCCAGAUUCCUUUGCAGAGUGAAGAAUCAAUAAAUAAUUGAUCAUAGAAAUUGUAAUUUACUAAGCAGAAGAGCUUCUAAGAAAUGGGGUGUAGAUGUGACAUAUUUAUAUUGUCUGUUUCCCUCAUUAGAAAGUAAAUAUCUUCACCUCAUUUCCAUUCAGGUUUUAAAUACCAUGUUUUAAAAAUGAAAGUGUUACUUUAAACUAAAUUAUACUAAUCUGUUGUGUCAAACCCCACAUGUUUUAUUGUAUUUUUGUGAGCUUGUAUUCCUUUUACAAAUAAAUUCACAGAGAUAAAAUUCCAAAAUACUCGUGAGGGUAUUUGGUCUCGCAUAUUAAUUUGUUUUUUAAAACCAUUUAAAAAACAGGGAAGUAGGUUUCUAAGACAUUGCAGAUUUUUAUUUCCCCACGACAGUGUUCCAUAGAAUUUUGGCCUGGUCUUAAAAACUGGAAAAGAUAUUUUGAAAAGACACUAUUUUUGAAUAUCCAGGCAAAUUUUCUGGGUUAUGUCUGUAGAGAUAGACCCUUUCUCUUUCUUGAAAACAAAAUAAAUAAUCUUUUUUUGUGGUAUUGAACUGAUGGACUAGAUUUUGUAUUUUAAAACUUUACAUUGUUAAAGACCAAAGUAUUCUGGAAAUAAUGCUGCAAACUUUAUAAUUUACAUAUGCAUGCUGUUCAUUCUUUGAGCUACUAUAAUGGUGAAUGGAACUGAAAUGUUCAGUGGAUUCCUUUAAAAACACUUGAGCAAAUUAGUAGUUCCAAUUAUUUCAAUGCCAUGAUGCAUAUACUUGAAGUUUAGGCUUCUGUUUAAGUCUUGACUCAUUGUCCUUCUUAGUUACGUGCCUAACUCAACUCCUGUUUAAAAAGGCUAAGUGCCUAAGCGUAUUGUAAGUUUACCUGGUUAAGUGUGUGUUGAAUUGGCUGUAUGUAAGUGCAUGCUUGAAUUAGGCAUAUGCUUAUGUACAUUACUGACCAAGGAUCUCAAUUAGCAUGCAGACACACCACUUUAGGAGCCAUCUGCCAUCGGAUUUACUUGUGCAAUGUCUCUUGAUCCGUAGAAAGCUGCACAAAUUGCAAGAUAUUCACUGUUCAGGAUAAAUUCUGGUUCACUAGUCAUUUGAAAGCACUUAAGUAUUUAGUUUAUCAGAAGAACUGGUACAUAAUUCUGUGCCUAAUUUGCAUGCACAGCUGCUGGAACUAUAUAUUCAAAAGCCUUUUAGUUGGCAGCAUAUUAGGCAGGGUAUGCAGCAAAGUACAUGAUACUUUUGAGCAGUCAGGUACACCUCUCAUUGCAUACCUGACUUCAAAAUGAGAUCUGUGAAGGGUGCUGAACAUUGUGAUGGUGGCUUAGAUUCAUGCAUGUUUUUUAAAAAAAGCCCUGGAAUUCAUUAUUGCACAGUUAAUUCUUGUGCUAACAAUUUUCCUAUUUUUCUCCUUUAGAUAGCAAAAUCGAGUGGUUUCUUACAUGUUAAGGAGGAAGGUGUCUCAAAAUUUAACAUAAAUAAAAUAAAUGUAAAUAGGAAGCAUGAAAUUAAAUGGGUACUGUUACUUUAUCUUUUCUGUUCUACCCAUGCUACAUCAAAUUCAAUUUCGUUUAGGUAUUUUUUGUCCUUUGGUCAUAUCCAACUGUUACCCAGUCUUUCCUGCAGAUCUGUAAAAUAGGUUUGCAAAAAUUUUUUAAUUUCAUUUUUUAAAGUAGUAUGUUUCCAUGGGGUCAUUUGGAACUCAUAUAGCUAAAACUACGUGGUGUUUGGAAACAUACCUCAUGUUUUGCUUUUUGAUAAGAAUAUUUGUAUUUUAAUUUUGAAUUUAGAGGUCUUGUAAGUUAAAACAUAUGUAGUUUGCAUCAAAGCAGUAAAAGCCACUGGCACAGCUUUUGUAUGUUCCUUGACCAUUUAAACAUUAGAACAAUGUUUAAAUAAGAGCAUUUACUUUGUUAUUGUUCAUGUGGUAAUACCAAAGGGCUUAGCUGGUUAGCAAAUGUACAGUUAUGCCAGUAAUGUUGAACAGAUCAAAGAUACCUAGUAUAAUUAGAACUUCUUUUGGUAGGUUUUUUUUUAGUGUUUAAUGUUUGUACCAGUUUAAAUCCCUUUGCAUUUCAAAUUUAAAAUGUACAUUUAAUUGUAAUCCUAAUUGUUUGACUAUUAAAUCUUUUGAUUUUUGGAGAUUUUUGGGAUUCAUUUAAUAGUCUAAUUGUGACUAACAUUGAAUGAAACCUGCAUUUAAUUUGGAUUAGUUUAUUACUUAAACUUUUAGCAUGGCGGUAGGAUUAUAAUCAGGUUGAAAUAGCAGGGAAUACAUAUUCUGGGAAAAUAGAGCUUGCUUAGCUGAUCGGUUAUGAUUUUCUUCAGUCUCAGUAAAUUUAAAGUAAAUUUAUCAAAGUUUCCCGUAAACUGAGGUGACCUACAAUGUGGGACAGUACAAAUCUAAAUUUUUUCUGCUCUUCCCUCCUCCACCUUCAGGUUCACUUGUAGUAUGUAUUGUGUGCAGUCACUGUAGUUCAGUAGUUUUUUUAUUUUAUGUUUUACUUGUUUUUACAUUCUAAGUAGGUAGCACCAGAGGAAUAAAGAAGAGCGCAAAUUUCAGUUAGCACAUACUUGUUUUUUUCUUUUUUUGUUUUUCUUUCUUUUACUGAUUUGGUUAUUUGCCAUUUCUGGGGAUUAAACUUUAAAAAAUGUUCUUCUUUUCUGUAUCUGAUGUUCUGUGUGCUAUUAGUGAUGCAGCCAACACGAACGGUUGUCAUGUGUAAAACAACUUUCGAUCACCGCGAAAACACCGCCCUGGGAAAGCGUCCAUGCUUGAUAUCGUUUGGUUCAUGAACGUUAAGUUUCCAGUACAGGUAAAAUCCCAGAUGAAGCCAAAGCCCUCUCUCUAUUGGCGCCUGCUCCUACUAUGACAAGUCUGAUGCCUGGUGCAGGGUUGCUUCCCAUACCUACACCAACCCCUUUGACUACACUUGGUGUUUCACUUGGCACUUUAGGGGCUAUACCAGCAGCAGCAUUGGACCCUAACAUUACAGCACUGGGAGAAAUACCACAACCACCAAUUAUGGGAAAUGUGGAUCCAUCCAAAAUUGAUGAAAUCAGGAGAACAGUCUAUGUUGGAAACUUAAAUUCCCAGACUACAACAGCAGAUCAGCUGCUUGAAUUCUUCAAGCAAGUUGGAGAAGUAAAAUUUGUGCGAAUGGCAGGUGAUGAGACUCAGCCAACGCGAUUUGCUUUUGUGGAAUUUGCUGACCAAAAUUCUGUACCUCGAGCUCUUGCCUUUAAUGGAGUUAUGUUUGGAGACAGGCCACUGAAAAUAAAUCACUCCAAUAAUGCAAUAGUGAAGCCUCCUGAAAUGACACCACAGGCUGCUGCUAAGGAGCUGGAAGAAGUGAUGAAGAGAGUAAGGGAAGCCCAGUCUUUCAUAUCUGCUGCUAUUGAGCCAGAGUCUGGAAAGAGCAGUGAAAGAAAAGGCGGUCGAUCUCGUUCCCAUUCUCGUUCAGAAUCCAGGUCUAGCUCAAAAUCCCGAUCUAGAAGGAAAAGAUCACACUCAAAACACAGAAGUAGAUCAGGCAACAGAUCUCUCUCAAGACACAAGGACAGACGUAGAUCCAGAAGUCCCCUGAAAAAACGGUCUAGAUCUUCGGAAAGGCGGAAAUCAAGAAGUCGCUCUCGUUCUCGGGACAAGAAAAGAGACAAAGAAAAGAUCAAGGAAAAGGAAAAGGUCAAAGAAAAAGAGAGAGACCGAGACAAGGAGAAGGAUAGGGACCGAGAAAAAGACAGGGAAAGAGAGCGAGAUAAAGAGAGAAACAGAGAGAAGGACAAGGAGAGAGAUAAAGAACGAAGCAAAGAUAGAGAGAGAGCCCGAGAGAAAGAUAGGGACAGGGAAAAGGAUAAGGACAAAGACAGACAGAGGGACAAGGAUAGGGAAAAGGAAAAAGAUAAAGAGAAGGAAAAAGACAAGGAAGAGGUAGACCAAAACAAAGAAAAAGAAGAUAUUGAGAAAGAAGGAGAGAAGGACAGAGAAAAGAUUAAGGACAAAGAAGGAGAUAAGGACAAAGAGAAGGACAGGGACAAAGAAAAGGAAAAAGAUGGGGAUAAGGAGAAAGAGCGAGAAAGAGAAAAGGAGAGAGAUGAUAAAAAGAAGAAAGAUAAGAGAUCCAGAACACCCCCAAGAAGCUAUAGCUCUUCAAGAAGAUCUCGUAGCUCCAGCAGAGAAAGGCGUAAAAGGAAGAGUAGAAGUCCUUCCAAGUCUCCUAAAACAUCGAAAACGGCAAAAAGAAAGUCUUCACGAACUCCUUCCCCCAGAAGGUCAGUUUGAUGUAAACAUAAAAGUUAAUGAUCAGUAAAGAGGGUAGGAUUUAUAACAUUUUCAUUUUUUUAUUGCCUUUGCACUAAUCAUCUCAGAUGAUUACAGUUAGUCAGUAUGAUUCAGUUUUAAUUUAAAACCAACCCAAAACCUUAAUGGAUUUUAGCUUUGGUAUGCUUUCAGUGGGAGAGUUUCAAAUCAAUCAGCAAUGCAAAUUUGCUUCAAAAUGGUAAAACCCUUUCAUCUGAUAGAGAUCAUUUUGCUUUUUUUUUGGCAAAUACAGUGCGGACUGAUCACUUUUACACUCUUUAGCUCUCUUCAAGUCAAAAAAUCCUCUUGCCUUUAUGAAAGGUUUUUCUGUUACAUUUUAGGGUUUUUUUAAAAUGCACAGCAGAGAGUUUAAGUUAGCAGUCAAAUAGUUUGAAGUUGGAUCAAAUCCUAAUUUGACUAAAAAUUUUUUGAAACAGAAACAAGAAAGAAAAAAAAAGAGAAAGAGAUACAAACAAUGAAAGAAGAGAAAGAGAACGCUCCACCUCCAAGAAAAAAAGUAGUAAAGAAAAAGAGGGAAAGGAGAAAUCUGACAAAAGCACCACUGCUUUGAAGGAGAAAGAUAACAAUAAAGAGGAUCAGAAUUCAGAAACUGACAAGGAAGUAGACAAUAGAGAUGCACAAAGAACAGAUGAAGUCAAACUACAACAGAAUGGGAACUGUCAACCAAAUGAAGAAAGCCUGUCAAUUAAAAUGGAAGAGGUUUAAAGCAAAGAAUGGACUUGUGAUUCAACUAAGGAAUGAAAUCCAAAGCAUCUUAUUUCCCAGAAUGAGGAAGAAAAUGUCAAAGCAAUCAACCUGACCGUAUUGGUAGUACUAGUAGUUCCUACAAUUCUUGUGAUAGCUUUGUUGUCUUCUUGCUGUAAAGCAAGAGAACACGGACCAGUCGUUAUACCAUGAAAAGGCAGAUGCCAUCAGAACUAUUCAUCUCUGAAAAUCCAUGCAUUUCCAUGAUGGCUGUACUUGUAAAAUUAUGUAUGUUACGUUUUGCUAUAAGCUGUUACGAAUAAGUAGAAACUGAAAGAUGUAAACCUGUACUUCCCCAAAAAAGCUGAAGGUAUGCAUUGAAGGUUGUUUAAAAUACUGCUUGUUGAUGACUUGUGUUGUUUUGCCCUGUGGGUUAAAAAAUCCCAGUGUGUAAUGUUUGAUGUGCUUGAAAAUGGUGCAUAAAUGUACACACCUUCUUUCCUUGUAAAUGACAACUGUAGGGAAAGGGGUUUUAAACAUAAACACAGUUUUACCUUAUGUUAAAUACCCAAGAAUUAGUAUGUUUUUCAUUUGCUCAAUGCUUGAGAUUCUUUGGGUUUAUUAUUUAAAAAGAAUUUUUUACUAAUAUCCCUAAAAUUAAUAUUUCUUUUAAAGUAUUUGAACAAUGCAUGCUCUUUUUCUUUUCCUGUAAGGAACAUUGCCAUGUUAUAGAUAUUUGGUUAGCUUACUGGGUUAUUUUAGGAUUGGUUCGUUUUGUUGUUUUCUUUGUCCUUACAGAAGUGAGCACAUCAGUAUGGUAUUAUCAGAACUUACAGCUUUGUUUUGAGAUGUACUGCAGUGUGUCUGUUAAGCUGCAAAUAGUACAGGUGCCAUUAAGGAAAUAAUUUUUUUUCUUUGGUUAAAAAAAUAUGGGAGCACAAGCAGAAGCUUUAGUGCCUUCUUAAAAUGUGAUAUUUUCUAGAAAUGUAUAUGUGCUGUUACACAUUUUCAGCUAAACCUUACAUGAUCUCUCUUGCUAUUUUGCCACCACCAUAUUGUGGACAAGGAUGCAAGUGAUUUGUCAGAACGGUUGUUUGGUUCAUUUGUUAAAAUACUGAAGCUCCAUUUUACUUUUAUUUUUUAUUCUUAAAGGAGAUUUAUAAAUGAGAGCAAAGAUGCAGUGUGGGGACCACCACUGUACAAAAGUAGUAGCUCAACAUAAAACGUGUUCUGAUCACCUGCAUCAAGAAAGCCCUUAAGACAUUUAAUCUACAUUUGGAUGGCCUUAAUUGUUACCUCUUGAUCAUCUUCUCUGAUACCUGUAGGGUGAUGUAGAAGGAAUUGUUUGCGGGGAUAAAUAAUUUGGGCAAGAAAGUUUAAUUUACACAGGGCUUACAUAGUAGAGGUUUUUUUCAUUUUUUGGGAAGAAAGCAUGUAAGAAGAGAAUGACGAAAUAUUUUUGUCAAGGUAAAACAUGGCUUGUGUUCUCUGAACUAAUUUAAUUGGUUACAUGAGAUUUCUGAAAAGUCAUACUUCUAAGACAUAAUUAUAGCUAAAGUGGAGUAGAUUAUUUUUACUACAACUUAAUGCAAUGGAAUUAAUUGCCUUACCUCAUGGGAAGUGUUAUUUCUUUCAGUUGAAAUAAAAAAAUUAUAGUGUAUUGGCUAUUUGCUUUCUAUCUGUUAUACUUUUCUUUUGCAUAGUUAAUUCUUUCAGUGGGGGAGGAGACCAUGUUACAGGGAACAAAAAAUUUGCCCAAUUCCCAAGGUAAUCAAAUCAAUUUGAUUGUGAAGCUGCUUAAUCACUCUUCAUUUUGUACAAGAUUUAGUGUUCUUACCACUACACAUUUAAGAGUACAGAAAAUGCUUUACCAUGUAAAGUAUAGACAACCAUAAUUCUGAUAAAGAAUAACAAAUCUGUGUGCUUACAGGAAGACUGUGAAGGAUUGUGUCUUGCAACAACAGCUGUGUGGUUUAUGAUGUCUAAGUAGCAUAGAGCAAAGAGAUUGUUUCUAUACUUGUUAUCUUUGGUACCACUUCACUAAUAAAAUUAAGUAUUUUAGAGGGAAAUUUCUGCUGAUGCAUACUUAUUAAAGGAAUAUUUUUAGACCACGUGGUCUUACUCAGCUUCUUUGAUUCAGAAUGUAGGUAUCAGUGAAAACAUGCAUGUAUUUUUUUAUGGUAUCUUUGAAAAGCGAAGUUUCUCCUUUGGGAAGAAUUAGAAUUCUUGAAGUGUAUCAUGUUUUAGCUGAUAUUAGUUUGUUAUCUUUAGUUUUCUUAUUCUGAAAUUGGAUAGCCCUAUGAUAUAUCAGUUAUAGAAUAUGUAAAGGAUUGUGUACACUUAGCUGAGAAACAUGCCUUUGGAAAUUGAUAGUUAAAGGUGGCAGCCUUAAUUUACUAGCUAACUUAGCACAUAUGUGAGGCUAUAUGCAGCACAUUGUUAUGUUGUUUGUGAAUUAUGGCUCCCUUACAGAAAGUUUUUGUUUGUUUGUUUUUUAAAAAAGGAAAAAAACCAAACAACCAAAGCAACCAGCCACCAAACACACACAUUUCCUCCCCACCUCAAGUUGUAUUUUCUUCCGAAUACUUUGUUUUUUGAUUUUACUUUGUAAAUACUGUGCACAUCCUGUGAGGAAGUUCAGUUCUGCCUGUUUGUAUAGGAUGUUUUAUGGUUCCUCUCUUCCUAAAAAGCCACUACUAGAGAACUAUUACUCCAUAAAAUGUGUAUCUCAGCAGAGGGUAGUUAAUUUUUAAACUGGUAGUGUAGCACAGUAAUUAAGUUCCAGCUUGCUCCUACAGGAUUGCGCACAUUAUCCAUUGAAUGUGUCCAUCUUCCAUGGGAAGUCCGUUGCCUCAUUAUUAACAAGCUUGCAUGCUGAGCUGCCAUGUCAGGUCACCUGGGUUUCUGCUUUAUAAAUGGGAUUAAAUUGAGUGGAGGUUUUCAAAACGGUGUAGUUCACAAUAGCUCUGUUGCUUUACAUGUAAUUUCAUCUGAAUCAGCCUUUACUUGAAAUUUUAAUUGCUGAGAAAAGUGAUGAUGCGGUGCCAUUUUGCAAAGAUCAUGUAAAGCACAUAUGCAUAAGCUUCCAUUAGUGCCCAGCAGUGUUUCUAGAUAACAGACAUGGCUUUUGGAUGAAGAAGAUAGCAGAAGAAAACUGCUGGUGGAUGAAACAGGAUUUCAAGCUCAAGAUAGAGGUGGCUGUGGCUUAGAUAAAUUCAUCAGUCAAUGGAUUUACACAGGUGUGAGGGAUGGAAUUUUGUUCGCAAACACUGAUAGUAUGGUAUGUUAAGAAUGCUGGUUUUUUCAUAUUUCAGAACUAGAAGCAGGGAUAAAAGCACUGAGAUAGAAACUAGAAAUAUCUGAAGAAUACCUGGGAAAUUGAUGAGAUGUGGGUUCUGCCUACUCAUUAAUCACCUGCUAAUUUUUUUUGAUGGCACAUCAAAAUAGAUACAUCUGAACUAGCCUUAUAUUUGAUGGCUGACAGCAGCAACCUAUCCACAGCUUGGAUUCUGAAAUGAGCUGUGGACACUUGAAUAUGUUACUCUGCUGCAAGGGAAGAAGAUUCUGUACUCUCUAAUAUGCUUUGCGUUGCUUGCUGGUGUUCUCUGGCCCAUUUACAUCUAAGGCAGUACCGGAAAUUACUUUGAAACCCUGCAGGUCUGUUACAGCGUAGCUUCUCUUUGUUCUGCUUAGCUUGUGCUGAUACUUUGUAAUAGUAACUAAAGUGGGGAUUUUCUUUUGGUCUAAGAAAGAGAUAAGUGAAGGCUGCUUUGUAUGUUAUAAAUUAUUGUAUAGUUCUUACCUGUCCUUACCUGUCCUUAUUACUCAAUUUUUUCAUUCAUGUGUAUGACCAUUGCAAGGAGUAAUGUCAUAGUGAUGUGUAUUGUCUACUUUAAAGUCUGAAGCAUCUUCGCAUCACUGUCUUUUUGUUGGUUUGUAAUGAAAGAAGAUGGAGUUCAUGUACUUUUAGAGGGGGGAGGAAAGAAUCCAAAGUGUGAUAAUUCCAUCAUAAUGGUAAAACGGUCUUUAGGAUGUGAAUUCUGAAUAAUGAACUGGGUCAUAUUAUGGGUCCCACCUGCCACUUGUAUUUUCCAUUUUAUAGCAAUCAGUUAUUGCCUUUGGUGUUAAUCAUAAGUUUAAACGUGAAAAUUUGAUUUAGUGGCAUAAAUGCUGAGAUCUGUAAAUGGCUAAAAUCAUGUCAAUCAGUAGGCACUUAGUUCAGAGAGAUGCAGUUUUCUCACUAGAGAUUGGAGUGUGAAGAGUUGAAAUAUGUAGAUAUUGUUAAGUGUUAGUGCCUAAAGAGAAUCUAAAAUUUAAUUUUGUUUGCUAAUAUGUAAACAGAACAGAAGCUUUCAGCUUGUACCUUAGGUUUAUUUUUAUAUGUUGAAAAGUGUAAUUAAAAUUAUAUUGAAAACUAAAAGCACAAAAGGGGAUUUUUUUAUGUAUGAGAAUCAUACUUUCAAUUGUUUAAUUUUAGUCUUUUAAAAAAUGUCAUUGCAUGCAGUAUUUAUUUUUAUCAAGAAUGCCUUGUUUGUAAGUCCUGUUGCAGGAUCUGAGCAUGUUAGUGUGUGGCUUUCUUCUGUAUUCUCUUCAAUGGACAACAGCUUAAUAAACUUGUCUGACAAUAUACAGAGACAGCUACUUUCCAGCUAGUUUGAGGAGAUGAAGCUGUUUACACAUCGACUAUGUAUUGUUCAAAUAAAUGCCACAGUUGAGAAGCUAUCUACAAACUUCAGUUUCAGUAUUUUCUAAACACAUGAACUCUUACUAUGCAAGAGGGAAAAUUUUUUUUUUUUUAAAUUGUUGUGACAGUCAAUUUUAAGAUUAUUGAGCUUAAUAGAGGAGAACAUGGACAGCAAAAGUGAGUUUUUAGCUGUUUACAUAUUCCAUUCUAGAAAGCUUCAGCUUACACUUUUUUAAAAUUUUGUUGCAUUUUUUGUGUUCAUCUAGUGCCAAAUCUGAGAUUAGAGGGUCUUGGUGUACAAAAUGUGUUCUGUACUAAUCUUUAUAAUGAAAUUAUUCUUCUCACACUGAAAAAGUUACGUGUGUCAUCUUUAGCCUAAAAGAUGUAUCAGCAAUGGUAAAAGAGUAAUUUCAUCUUCCUUUCACUCAGUUCUUCAUGUCACUAAUGAGGCUGUCAGUUAAGUAGCUUUCUUAGAAGAAGUCGUAGCUCUACUCCUUCCCUAGUGCAAAGAUUUAGAACUACUGCUGCACUGAGGAGUAAAUCAUGGGCAACUUAAAAAUUGCUACUUUGAAAAGCCAUCAUUUGCGUAAUAUAAUUCAUUUACAUAAUAUAAUUUAAGCAAAGGAAUGAGUGAUCCACUCCAGAAACACCAGGAGACUGAUUUAACGUUCACAAUUUAUGUAGCCUGUCAGUACAUCCUUUCUGGUAUUUUCCCCACUGAUACGGGAGCUGUGUCUCCUUUGUUACACACAAAUCACACUUAUCACUGUCUGGGUUCAGAUAUAGCUGGGGAACCUGAGCACCCCAGCAGCAAAAGUAUUAUUUCCCUUCUGUAAGUUCGAUAUUUCUAGUAAUAAUGUAGGUAUUCUAAGUUUAAUUAAUAGGUAACCAAACUUGUGCUAUGUUGGUAUAGUAUAUUUUUGCAUUAAUGAAGCAACUAUGAAAUGGUACAUACAAAGAAAUGUUAAAUGCUCUUAUGUAGUUGUUAUUUUCAUAAAUAAACAAUGUUCCAAAGUUUUAAUGGUGUCAUAAACUCACUUCCACUACAUUUGGAUGAGAUACAGUGAAUUACUCUGAAGCAAGUCUCUCUCUCUCUGUCUUUCCUUUUUUUUUUCUUUUCUUUUUUUCAUAGGCUUCAUCUGCCCCAGAAUCAAGCGUUAGAAACUAAGUCUGUUCUACUGAUACUGACAAGAAUGUUACAGGAAGUGUGUUAAGGGUUUAAGUAAUUGAAUGUAUCAUCACUGUUUAGUUACAGAAGAGGCUUUUGAACCUCCUAUGUGAAUAGGGGAAUUUUUUCUGCAGAGAAAAAUACCAUAGUUUCACCCGAGAAAGCUUGUCAGUUUCAAACAGUAAAUCAAUAAGUGUAACUGUAUAGAAGACUAUGUCAAAGUAGGAUCAGGAGUUCAGGCAGAGCUUCUGACAUUAACAGUCAUACUGAUGUAUGUAAUGGAUAUUUUCAUAAUAAAAUUCACUUUUCGAUGCUUAA